CGCAGGCGCAAAUGCCCUCCUAGGGCCCCAGCGGAAGCCACUCCCUCCACUAAGUCUUAAAGGGCCAGAGGCAGCACUUUACUGCUCGGGCCGUUCCUCAUUUUUGGGGGGCGGGGGUGCGCACGCGCAGUGAGGGAGUUCUGGGGUGGGGGUAGCGGUCGAGUAUCAAGUUGCUUUCUGUCCCGGCCGAGGAAGCCCGAGUGCUGAGGGUCCAGCCUCCAGCCUGCCUCCCACUAUAUCCAUAAGAAGAGAAAAGUUUGUGACUUGGGUCCCCAAGUUUUGAGAGAACUGGGCUUUCGGCGCGGGGGGACACAAGAGGCUCGUGGGGAGCUUUCCCCAUGGAGCCCACCCAGCCUGCAGAGGACCUCAUCCUGACCCAGCAGCCCCCUGCCUCAGAACUUGGGGACUCUGAAGACACCGGAGAGGAGGCCGCAGAUGGCUCAGACACUGUGGUGCUCAGUCUCUUCCCCUGCACCCCUGAGCCUGUGAAUCCUGAACCAGAUGCCAGCAUUUCCUCUCCGCAGGGCAGCUCCCUGAAGCACUCCACCACUCUCACCAACCGGCAGCGGGGGAACGAAGUGUCGGCUCUGCCGGCCACCCUAGACUCCCUGUCCAUCCACCAGCUCGCAGCGCAGGGGGAGCUGGACCAGCUGAAGGAGCAUCUGCGGAAAGGUGACAACCUCAUCAACAAGCCGGACGAGCGCGGCUUCACCCCCCUCAUCUGGGCCUCGGCCUUUGGAGAGAUCGAGACUGUUCGUUUCCUGCUGGAGUGGGGUGCCGACCCCCACAUUCUGGCCAAAGAGCGAGAGAGCGCCCUGUCGCUGGCCAGCACAGGCGGCUACACAGACAUCGUGGGACUGCUGUUGGAGCGAGACGUGGACAUCAACAUCUACGACUGGAAUGGAGGGACGCCACUGCUGUACGCUGUGCGGGGGAACCACGUGAAAUGUGUUGAGGCCUUGCUGGCCCGAGGUGCUGACCUCACCACCGAAGCCGACUCUGGCUACACCCCGAUGGACCUUGCUGUGGCCCUGGGAUACCGGAAAGUGCAACAGGUGAUCGAGAACCAUAUCCUCAAGCUCUUCCAGAGCAACCUGGUACCCGCUGACCCUGAGUGAAGGCCGCCUGUGGGGGGACUCAGACACUCAGGGAACGAAACGGUCGGCCAGAGCUGGGAAAACCCAGAACUGGCUUCAAUGGCAGCUCCUGGACAGGCGGUGGGAGGGGACCCUUCCUAAGAGGAACCAAUAAACCUUCUGUUCAGAA